UCUGAUUGAUGCUAUAAAAAGAAAAUAUUUUCGCAUAGGAAGUUCAAUCUUGUUUAUUUAUCAAAAUGAUCAAGAUCAUUGUUUUUGCUGUGUCUAUCUUUAGUGUUCUAGUUGACAGUACUAACGUGGUAUGUCCUCCUAUUGACCCUCCAGAUCCAGUUUACUUCCCUCAUGAAACGGACUGUAGCAAAUUUUACGAGUGUUCAAAUGGUGUUCCAUAUCUUUUUGACUGUCCAGGAGGACUAGAUUUUAACCCGAAACUAAAUGUUUGCGAUUAUCCAGAACAAGUAGGAUGUAGAGAUAGAACAAGUUCAAUCUUGCCAACUAGAUCUAGUACUACUAGUUCCAACCCGACUACAUCCAGUGCUAUACCAACGAGUUCUAGUAGUCUAAACCCAACUAGUUCUACUACCUAUUCUCCAACUACGUCAACUGCUUGGUCUACUAGUUCUAGUACUUCAAAUCCGACUACAUCAACUGCUAGAUCUACUAGUUCUAGUACUUUAGACCCGACUACGUCAACUGCUAGACCUAGUUCUAGUUCCCAUCCAACAAAUUCAACUGCUAGACCUACUAGUUCUAGCUCUAGUCCGACUAUUUCAACUUCUAGACCAACUAGAUCAACCCACCGUCCGACUACUUCAACUGCGAGACCAACUAGACCAACUAGGCCAACUAGACCAACGAGGCCAACUAAACCAACUAGACCAACUAGGCCAACUAGACCAACUAGACCAACUUGGCCGACUAGACCAACUAAACCAACUAGACCAACGAGGCCAACUAGACCAACUAGACCAACUAGGCCAACUAGGCCAACUAGACCAACUUGGCCAACUUGGCCUACAUGGCCAACUUGGCCCACUUGGCCUACUUGGCCAACUUGGCCAACUAGACCAACUACAUCAACUAGUACUAGUUCGACAACAGACGACAAUUCAUCAAGUAGUUGUGAUUCUAGUUCUAGCGAUUCAUCCGAUUCUAGUAGUUCAAGUUCAUCAAGCGAUUGUAGCAGUUCUAAUGAUUCAAGUAGUUCAAGCGAAUCGGAAGAAAUCAACGUUGUUAAAGAAAAAUUUAACAAAAACGCGCUAAUUAAACUACUCUACGGAAAUGUAGGUAAUCUUGAAGGACAGGAAUGUGCAACUAAUUUUGAUUCGUCAAUGAGAAGAGAUCCUUACGACUGCAGCAAAUAUUUUAACUGCUACAAAGGCAACUAUUUGCUUAAAGAAUGUUACGGUCAUUAUGUAUUUGAUCUAGAAAUUCGUAUUUGUGUUCCUCCAGGUUAUGCCAAGUGCGAAAGGCAAUUGUAAAUCUAUUCAAAAAUAAAAAUAUUUAC